ACAGGAACUUUAGCACCAUGCCAAGGACGAAGAGAGCCACACCCAUGGCCUGAAGUCCGACAGAGACUGAGCAAGGUUUAGUCCAAAAUGGCGGAUGGAGGUUGUGCAACUGCAGCAAGGUUCUGCUGUUCAUUUUCAACGUCUGGUUCUUCUUGGCAGGUCUGGGUAUGUUAGGUGUGGGUGUGUGGGGGUUAGUGGACCCGUCCUUACGGAACCUGGUCCUACUGGACCUCGGCUACUUCAACUCCGUGGCCAUCAUGUCUACUGUGGCCGGAAGCCUCAUUCUCAUCGUCUCCUUCCUGGGCUGCUGCGGGGCCGUCAAGGAGAAUAAGUGUAUGCUGAUCACGUUUGCUGUGUGCCAGUUCAUCAUCUUUGGUCUGAUGCUCUCUGCCGGGAUCGUCGGACUUGUUUACAAGGAUAGGGUUGUGGACGAGCUGUCUUCUGUCAUGGCUACUGUCGUCGACGGCUCCGAAAACUUUGAGGACAGGUCCUCUGAGUUCCAGACCUCCAUGAAGAACCUGCAGACAAUCUUUAAAUGUUGCGGCUACAGCAGCUACAACAACUGGCAAAACCCAGGAUCUGUGACGUCAUGUGACUGUAGCGGCGAGACGGACACCGCCACAUACUGCGACGCUACUACGCCUGCGUACUACAGGUCUUGUGAGAGCCUGUUCACCAGUUACCUGUCCUGGGGCGUGCAGACGGCUGCUAUUGUUGUCAUGUGUCUCUCCAGCAUCCCGCUGAUCGGGUUCUUCAUGACGCUAUGCCUGGUCAAAGGUAUCGGUGAAAAUGACGUCGGUCCUGUGUAACCAUAGCGACGGUUACCAUGGAUACAUCAGACAACAGUCGGCCGAUACCAACUUGAUAACCUUCAAAGUCAUCAAUGAGAGAGAUUUUGUCUUCUAUUGUCUUUUGUUGCUGUUUUUUGUUUGACUUAGUUUAUAGAUGUUUCUGUUCUACAAUGUUUGGAGUUCAGGCGUAACUUUUGCGAUUGCCGUGACUGAAAUUUGCAACGUUUUUAAUCUAAUGCAAUAUGUUCAUCAGAAUUAUGUUUUGUUGUACAAAAAAAACUGUUUCAAAAACUUUGCCGUGAUAUCUAACGUGAGAUAAUGCCAAGCGUAGAUUCAUGUAGCCGUGUGUGCAAAAGUUUCACCUCAAGUUCAUUCAGCCUACAGUACGCUGAAAAAUAUUGUGUAACUUAAUUGUGUAAAUAGAACACGUCAAAUCAUGACAUAUUGUCUUUAUUAUAUGCCAGUGAAAUGUAUAUUGUCUGUAUUACGAUAGCUGUGGGCGAUGCUCUAUCAAUGCAAUGUGUCUAUGUAAUGUGUAUAUUGGACCUUAUGAUGAUUGUCGCUUUUAUGAUAUUGUCACUUUUAUAAUAUGGCGAAUAAAUAAA